AUGUCCGACACAAUCAACGAGACCAUCGAGUCGAAACGUGAAUCUGCCAGUGAAAUACCAGAGUCAACCCCAAUAAAUAAUACCCGAUUCCGCCGACUCCUAACACUUGCCUCAAUAGCAGUCGUCAAACGAUUUCGUCGGCGUGGUCCUGGCGUUCUUAAUAUAUCCCAAGGGGUUUGCGUUAAAUUUGGCACCUUCAGAACUUUGGCAGAAGCGUCAGCCAUGAAAUUCAUUGGAGAGCACACGUCUAUUCCAGUGCCUAAAAUCUACUGUUCUUUUGCACAUAAAGGAAUAACUUAUAUUGUCAUGGAAAGAAUACGUGGAAAGCAAAUAGCGUGUGGAUGGGCACUUCGGACGCCCGAAUCCCAAGCUAAAAUACUUUCACAAAUUCGAGAAAUGAUUGCAGAGAUGCGCAAGUUGACUCCAAAAACGUCACGAAUUGCCAACGUUGACGGGGGAAUAUUAUAUGAUGGAAGACUUGAUGGACCGGAACAAUUUGGGCCUUUUGAAAACACCAAUGAGUUUCACCGAUAUCUGCGGUCGGAUAUUCCAGCUCGUCCAAGCAACCCGGAGGGUGUGAAUAAGCUUAUAGAAUGGCAGGAUAGGCCUUGGCUCGAUCCACCUGUCUUCACACAUGGUGAUUUGAGUAGUUUCAACAUUCUGGCAGUCGGCGACAAAGUGGUCGGAAUCAUUGAUUGGGAGACUGCUGGGUGGUAUCCCUUCUAUUGGGAGUAUACAACGGCCAUGUACGUUAACCCGCAGAACAUGUUUUGGAAAAAAGAAAUUGAUAAAUUCUUGGAUCCAUUCCCUACCGCACAAGCUAUGGAAGAGAUUCGGCAAAAAUACUUUGGAGAUUACUGA